UCCUUCUCCUCUUCCUCCUCACCCCGGUGUGUGUGCUGCACCUGCGCCCCGCCUGCCCUCCUCCUCCCUCCCCGCUCUGCACCUCUCCACCCACCGGCCUGUUUCCUCCUCGUCACCGCUGAUGCCUCCCGGUCGUGUUUCACUCGUUUAAAGCCGAACGACUGCACCUCUCCACCGGCUUCCGAAACCAGAGCCACCCGGUGUUAUAUCAGCAGGACUCCCCCCAGCCUUUAAGCAUGUGGAACACCGAGCGAUAAGCACAGAGGGUGAAAGCCGGGAGGGAAAUGCAGGACAGCGGCAAACCAGCACCCGGGAGUCCCGAUGUAGUCAGUGCGAGCUCGGCGCAGAAGUCAGCCCAUCUGAAAGGGCAUAGCAUCACUCAAAAUGGCCACAGCGCCGCAGCUACACCUGCUCCAGAGUUCGAAUUCCGACCUCCAAGUCCUGCACUCCCUUCGACCCCGAUCAUCCCGAGGGAGCAGUGGGGAGGGAAGUACGAGUUCCUGCUCUCCUGUCUUGGAUACUGCGUGGGACUGGGCAACGUGUGGCGGUUCCCAUACCUUUGUUACCGCAAUGGAGGAGGUGCGUUUCUCAUCCCCUACUUCAUUAUGCUCUUUGUUACUGGCGUUCCACUCUUCCUCAUGGAGCUGAGUUUAGGCCAGUACGGAGCCGCCGGCCCCAUCACUGUGUGGAAAUGCUGCCCUCUGCUCAAAGGUAUUGGCAUUGGGAUGCUCUGUGUGUCCACGCUGGUGUGUCUCUACUAUAACGUCAUCAUAGCGUGGACAUUUUACUACCUGGGCAGCUCUUUCCAGAGCCCACUGCCCUGGUCCUGUGAGGCUUUGGCCAAUGCAGGUCUCUGUGGUAACAACAACACGGGCAACAGCUCCACCGGUAAAACCCUCAGCCCCACCGAAAUCUUCUGGAAUGAGCGUGUGCUGGGUGUAGUACACAGCGAAGGCCUUCAUGACCCGGGCCCUGUUCGGUGGCAACUGGCCCUGUGCCUCCUGGCUGCCUGGAUCAUCAUCUUCCUGUGUAUGCUCAAGGGCAUCCGCAGCUCUGGCAAGGUGGUUUAUGUAACAGCCACCUUCCCGUACUUUGUGCUCCUUGUUCUGAUCAUCAGAGGUGCGACACUGGAGGGCUCCCUUCAGGGUGUUGCCUUCUACCUCACCCCGGACUGGGGCAGACUAUCUAAUGCACAGGUGUGGAAUGACGCGGCCUCACAGGUCUUCUACUCCUUAGGUAUUGGAGUCGGAGGGCUGCUUUCUAUGGCCUCUUACAAUAAGUUCGACAACAACGUCAUCAGGGAUACCUUGAUUAUCACGACAGGAAACUGCACCACCAGCUUCUUAGCGGGAUUUGCUAUAUUCUCAAUCCUGGGCCACAUGGCUUGGAGGAAGGGGGUACCUGUUGGAGAGGUGGCUGAUACGGGUCCUGGUUUGGCCUUUGUUGCUUACCCAGAGGCCCUUGCUCUCCUGCCAGGCUCGGUGUUCUGGUCCAUCCUGUUCUUCAUCAUGCUCUUUAUGCUUGGUAUUGAUACACUGUUUGGCAACAUGGAGGGCAUCACAACCGCCGUGAUAGAUGAAUUUCCACAGCUCAGAGGGAACGCGCUGCACAAGUCGCUGUUCUUGGGCGUGCUGUGUUUCUGCUUCUACCUUAUGGGUCUCUUGUUAGUGACCAACGGAGGGAUUUACUGGUUCACCCUCAUUGACUCCUUCAGCACUAGCUUCGGCCUCAUCAUCAUCACCCUCUUCAUGUGCAUUGGCAUCUCCUUCUUCUAUGGAGUCAACCAGUUUUGUCAAGAUAUUCUUGAUAUGAUCAACCCCUGCCCUCCCUGGUGCAGAAAAGUGCUGCUUUACUUCAAAGCAUGCUGGGUUUUCUUCACUCCGGUUCUUCUACUGCUCAUCCUGACGUACAUCUUCAUUGAGAUGUACAGAACGUCCCUCCACUACGGGUCCUACGUGUACCCUCUGUGGGGUAAAGCGCUGGGCGUGUGCAUCGGUGCGACCUGCUGCCUGCAGAUCCUCAUCUGGGCCAUUGUGGCCAUCUGCAAGGAAACUGGAACACUGAGAGAACGUUUCCAGAAAUCGAUUCGACCUCUGAAUUCCUGGAGAGUUAACAACCUGAACAGCACCAGGGCAGCCCAGGAGAGUGUGGAGCCCGAGAGGGUGGAGGCUCCGUUCACUGUCACGCUUACAGACAUGGACUUCAAUGCGAUGACGUGGGAGGAGGGAUACCAGGCGUGACAGCGUGGAGAGCGGCGAUGAAAGCACAGCAUUGAGCAAACUACGUUGUCAAGAGGGAGAGGAAUUUAUCGUUAAGACAUUGGCCCCGAGCCUGGCUCUGGUGGCGAAACAGACGGUGUCCUGCAGGGCAGAGUGGAUGAAUUGCUUUAUUUAUACUAUCAUGUAUGAUUGCAAAGUAUUUUUUAACUUUUUUUUUACAUUGUGUAGCAUAUAAGAUCGGAGCUGUAAAGUUUGGAUCAAACUCAUUUUUCAUUGUAGUAUUUGUAUGUGCAUAUGCCUGAAUGUGUAUUUAUUGUCAUAGCUGUGUAGUACAAUGAAUGCACAGAUUUAGUUUAUCCUGUACAAGGAGGAGGGACAAAGUGCAGGGAAUCCUGGCUGCUACUCGCCACAGCAUCACCUGGAGAAGUGACCACACCAGUCAUCAGCCGGCCAGACUAAAUUGGGUUCACUCUAGUGAACCUCAGUCUGGAACUAUUUUAAUUUGUUUUACAUUUUAAAUUAAGGAUUUUAAAAAUGAUUCCUAGUAUAAAUAAAGGUACCAAAAAUGGCUUGACAAAUUAA